UCCCAAAUUGAGUCACUUCACUGUUUCUCGAACAAAGCGUGUGGUUUCCCGGUUCCCGCCCACUUCAUUUUUCUCGUUCCAACUCCGCCAUGGGUAACUCAUCCAAGGACGAUUCCGCCACCUCCGGCGACGCCUCCGCCGGCGACGGCGACGUUCAGCCCUCCAAACCCCCCAUCUACACCGAGGGCGAGAAAGUGCUCGCCCACCAUGUUUCUCGCUUCUACGAAGCCAAGGUGCAGAAGGCUGAGAUCAGAAACAAAGAAUGGAAAUACUUUGUUCACUACCUUGGGUGGAAUAAAAAUUGGGACGAAUGGGUGCCCGAGCCCCGAUUAAAGAAAUAUACUGAAGAAAAUGUAAGGAAACAGCUGGCCCAAGACAAGAAGGCAAGUGCAGAAAAGAAUGCUAAGUCUGGACGCUCAUCUCAAGGAAAGGCUAAAAAUUCUAUGGAUGCCAAAGUGGAUAAAGAGGACAUCAAGAGUAAUGUGUCAAAAGGGAAGAAACGAAAGAGUGAUUCCGGAGCUGAGAAGGGAAGCGCAACUAUUGAAAAGUUUGUGAAGAUUCAAAUUCCUGCAACAUUAAAGAAACAACUCGUUGAUGAUUGGGACUUUGUUACUCAGCAAGAUAAGCUUGUAAAACUUCCUCGCUCACCAACUAUUGAUGAUAUUCUUACAAAGUACCUUGAAUACAAAUCAAAGAAGGAUAGCUUGGCAGCUGAUUCAAUAGGAGAAAUUUUGAAAGGAAUAAGGUGCUAUUUUGAUAAAGCAUUGCCUAUGAUGCUCUUAUACAAGAAAGAACGCAAGCAAUAUAGUGAAUUAGUUGUGGAUAAUGCAUCUCCGUCAACCAUAUAUGGAGCUGAACAUUUAUUACGCCUCUUUGUUAAAUUACCUGAGCUUUUGGCCUAUGUGAACAUUGAAGAGGAAACAUUGACUCGCUUGCAGCAGAAACUACUCGACUUUCUCAAGUUUUUGCAGAAAAAUCAAAACACCUUCUUUCUCUCGGCAUAUGAUGUGACUAAAGUCUCCGAAGGAAAAGGCAAGGGGAAUGAUGAAUGAGAUACUCCGUUGAAGUCUAGCCUUCUUCCUCAUCUGUUGUAUUAUACAUGACUGGCAAGGACAAUAUCAUCAUUGCCUUCAAAAUUUCAGCUUAGAAAGUAGAAACUCAUUGUUGUUGUAAUAAUAUAUAUAUCUAAUUCAUUCUUUUAUUUUUCAAGUUUACUCAAUAUUUUACAAAUUGAAACAUUUUGAUGCACAUGCAUUUCAGAAUCAGGGUCUUAAGGGUCUCUUGUGCUUCUAUAUAAGCAGGCCCAUGACUCAAUAGAUGUACUAUGUUGAAUGAUAUUAGUAAUACUCUUAUCUGUGUUUUCUUC